AUAGCUUUGCACACUCUUGACAUUAUUUCAACAAGCUUCAACUGGAAUGCUUUCCGACAUAUGCUGAGCACUUGUUGGCUGCUUUUCCUUCACUGUGUUUUUGAUCAAUUUGAUGUUAUUUUAAAUGGACAAAAAGACGUUGCUUUAAUUUAAAAAACAAGGACAUUUCUAAGAGACCCCAAACUUUUGAACAGUAAUAUAUAUACACACUAUUAGAGAUAUGGAUUAACUGGUAAAGUGUCACAUAACGCCAAACACACACACACAAUAUAUAAGAUCAAUUAGCUACAUUUUUUAUGUAUUAUUUAUGACAGAAAGUGUUACAAGUGGACAUCACGUUUUAUAAAAUGAUGAAAUAUUAUUUUUCCCCGCAAUGCUAUGCUCACGUGUUUUUAAUUUAUUUUUAUGUUUAGCUCUAACUUCCUGGUGACCAACCAACUACACUUGCUCAGUCAGCAAACCUGCAUUUCUGGAAUAACAAGCGGUUUUAAAGUAAAACAUAUUUUCCAGUACGCCUACAUUUAGUCUGGUGUCUAAUUGAGUACACAGCUUGAAGAAGCUUCUAUUGAAAUCGAGUGAAAACAAGAGCUGGCUACCUAAAUUCCAGAACGUAAAAGUGACAUCCCCAGCUAGCCCGCGCUCAUCAACGUGGAGGACGUGGUUGUGCCUUGUGCUUACUGACAGCUGUAGUCAGAGCUAGAAGACAGAUGCAAACUAGAGAAAAUCCUGAGAAGUUUCUAAGAACACGGAAUGUAGUGGAAUGAUAAGUUACUGUUGUCAGUGCAACUUGUUUGACUGGUCUCUGAGAUGGAUGUCACAGCAAAAGCGCAGCCCUGUUCCGUGUUCUAGCCCAACUGGUUCUAGCCCAACUGAGCUGUGUGGCCUGGGCACUCUUGAGUGGCAGUUGGUGAAACUCCACGUGACUGGUUGCUGGGGGCGAUGAGGGUGCGUUGGUCCCGGAAGCUGGGCUUCCUAGCAAAGACCUUCUUCCUGCUGUGGGUGCUAUGGCUGGGCUACAUUCUCCUAGCCCGCUCCACCGCCUCCUCCAUAGGGGCCGAUGGAGGGGAGGACGGAGGGGGCCGCAUCCUGCUGGUCAGGCACUUCUCCCGUGUAGAGGAGCAGGGAGGUGAGCAGCUGGCCAGGCCCGUGUACGUGAAGGCGCCAGCGGACGCCAACGCGCAUGGGGAGUGGGGCCAGGCUACCAGGCUGAACCUCAGCCCGGAGGAGAGGAAGCAGGAAGAGGACAGCGUGGAAAGAUACGCUAUUAAUAUCUUUGUUAGUGAUAAGAUCUCCCUGCACCGACACAUCAAGGACAGCAGGAUGAAAGAAUGCAGAGCUAAGAAGUUUGACUACCGCCGUCUGCCGACCACGUCAGUGAUCAUAGCGUUCUACAACGAGGCCUGGUCCACCCUGCUCAGGACCAUCCACAGUGUUCUGGAGAGCACACCCGCUGUCCUCCUGAGGGAGAUCAUCCUCAUAGAUGACUUUAGUGACCGAGUCUAUCUGAAGUCUCAGCUGGAGCAGUACAUCAGUAACUGGGAGCGUGUCCGCCUCAUCCGCACCAACAAGAGGGAGGGGCUGGUCAGGGCGAGGCUCAUCGGCGCCAGCUACGCCACGGGUGACGUACUGACCUUCCUGGACUGUCAUUGCGAGUGUGUCCCCGGCUGGAUCGAGCCGCUGCUGGAGAGGAUUGGUGAGAAUGAGAGCACUAUCGUGUGUCCGGUGAUCGACACCAUUGACUGGAACUCGUUUGAGUUCUACAUGCAGACAGAUGAGCCCAUGAUCGGAGGCUUCGACUGGAGGCUGACCUUCCAGUGGCACGCUAUCCCUGAGGUCGAACGCAAGAAACGCAAGUCCCGCAUCGAACCUAUCAGGUCUCCUACCAUGGCUGGUGGGCUGUUUGCAGUGAGCAAGGCGUACUUUGAGCACCUUGGCACAUAUGACAUGGGCAUGGAUGUGUGGGGAGGAGAGAACCUAGAACUGUCCUUUAGGGUGUGGCAGUGUGGAGGUUCUCUGGAGAUCCACCCCUGCUCUCACGUGGGACACGUCUUCCCAAAGAAAGCACCCUAUGCCAGGCCCAAGUUCCUCCAGAACACGGUCCGUGCUGCAGAGGUGUGGAUGGACACCUAUAAACAGCAUUUCUACAACAGAAACCCCCCGGCCAGAAAGGAGACCUAUGGGGACAUCUCAGAGAGGGUGGUCAUUCGAGAGAGACUGAAGUGUAACGGCUUUGACUGGUACCUGAACAAUGUCUACCCUGACCUGCAUGUACCAGAGGACAGGGAUGGCUGGCACGGCGCAUUGCUUAGCUCUGGGAUCCAUUCAGAGUGCCUGGACUACAACGCUCCGGAACACAAUCCCACAGGGGCGCACGUCUCCCUCUUCAGCUGCCAUGGGCAGGGCGGCAACCAGUACUUUGAGUAUACGACCCAUAAGGAGAUCCGCUAUAACUCUGUGACUGAGCUGUGUGCCGAGGUCCCCGAGGGACAGAUUUACAUUGGGAUGACACACUGCCCCCACGACAGAACCCCUACACCCCCCACCAUCAUCUGGGAGUUCAGAGAGGACGGGACGCUCUACCACCCUCACUCAGGCAUGUGUAUCACCUCCUACCGCACAGCCGAGGGGCGCACAGACGUCCAGAUGAGAAUCUGCACGUCCGGGGACAAGCAACAGCGCUGGAAGUUUGAGAAUGGGAGGGACGAACCUCACCCUAAGUGACCUUUUGGAGAGAGGGAGAGACUCUCUGCACACUACUGAAUACUUGAUAAAUGUCCUAAUUUAAAGUGCCUUUGCAAACCAAAUGGGUGAGAGAUGGGCUCCACACCUGAGGUGAAAAUAUUUCUCUCUGUCGGAAUUCUUCCUUUACAGUUUACCUCCUCUCACUGUGAGGGCUGAAAAACGAUAAGAAUGUUUGAACGUGUGGUGUCAGUUCAAAAAAGACUGGUUUGAAAGAGGAACAAUGUCAUGGGAAUUCAGUUUUUUUUAAUUCAGUGGGAUAAGCAUAGAUGCUAACAAAUACUAUUGCAUUGAACAAUGUUUUUUAAAUCCUAUUUUUGUUGGGUUUUUUUUUACAGGUAAACCACACAACAAGUCAUCUAAGGGUGUUUCUGGGGUUUGAAAUGAAAAAGUAAAAUGUUUACUAAACAAAUAUGAUUCAUUUAGGGGUCUAAAGGAUUAGUCUUUCCUAUGUGUUGUUAAUCUGGGGUUUGUUACUCAAAUAUAACACUUUGAGAUAGCUAAAUAAUUCCAAACGCUUGGUGUCAUAUGAGACUUACUAUACAAGCCUCAUCUUGUGUGUGUGAAUGAAGUGGACUCUGACACUAGUAGGCUACAUGCGUUCUGUUUGAAGACGGUGUUCAAGGUAGGAUCGGAUUGGGCUGGUCAAACAAGACUUGAAACACUUAAGCAUGCGCUAUGUACAAUUUCACCAUUGCCUGAGGUUGGUGGGACAUUUGACAUGGUUGUUUGGUAGUCUUCACUGUGCUGUGCAAAAACAUUCUUUACACAGGCUGAUUUCCUGUGUCUACAAUGUGCCUAAAAAACCAGAACAGUUGUAUUUGCUGAGGAGUUUUUAACGUGUUUUAAUCUAAAAUCUACUGUGCCUAACAAAAGCAAAAACAUGUUAAUUUCACUUUCAUAGUAGCAAUAUUCUCAUAUGGGUGUUUGUCUGCAGCAAUAUUGUCUGCUCUCUUGCGUAGCCUCACCAUUUAAGCUAGCACAUGUCAUGGCAUUGCUUACUGUAGCAUUCAUCAGUUGUUGAUCUCUCAAGGGCUUGAUACUCUUAAAUGCCCAGUGCAGACAAAAUUAUUUUUUUCCUGUGUUUUGUAUCAUAUUGUACAACUGCUGAUGAAACAAACACUGUAAAAGCUAGAAAAUGUGAUCAGUGUUGGUUCCUGAUAGUUUCUGAUUGAAAAUAAAUCUACACAGGACUUUCUAAACAGCAGGUCUUGCAUGGAUGGAGUUUUUUGACUGCCUGGUGACAUCACCAGGUGGUAAAUUAGUUAAUAGAUCAAUAACAAAGAGUUCCAAACCUCUUGGCCAAUAACAGCUAUUUUUCCCUUCCCCAGACUUACAUCAAUGCAGCCUUUGUAUCAGUACCUGAAACUUCAACAGCACCAGCACUCUGCUCAAUCCACUAAACCGAACUUUUCCUAAAAUAACUUUUCUGGUUCACUUGAUUGGGAUUCUACAACCAAUGGAGAUUAAUAAUCAUGUGUGUUGCCAUUGAAGUGCUUAUUGAAAUCAGCUAUACUGCCGAAGACUGCUCUUCCUAAUGCAGUCUUUUUUUGUGGUGCUUUGCACUAGGGCCUUUUUUAAAUCAAAUAUUUGUACUGAAUGGUUGAUCUUUCAAAGCUUUUAUAUGAUUCUAUGAAUUCUUUUUUAUUUCCUUUUGUAAAUGAUACUUUUUGGUAUGAAGGGACCUGAAUGGGAUGGGGCUUAUUUGAACUACUGUACCGAUUUAAUAAGCAUAAGAGACGGUGGGGAAUGUUUGUACCGGUGAAGCAUGAAAGGGUUCAAAUAAAGUUGGGAGUUUUGAAAGAUUGCUCAAGAGAUCAAUUAAUGCCUUUUUAACUCACUGGCCAAUGACUAUUAAAAUCAAGAAUCCAAAGGUG